CACAAUGUCAGAGGAAAAACAAAUCACUGGCACCACCAUGAAGGUUUACAAUUGCUGAUAAAAUGCCAAAAAUGCAAGAAGAAGUUCCAUCGGAAAUGUGUUGGCGUUGGGAGCAAUGUGAACCGACAACGGUGGGUUUGCAAAAUAUGUUCUUCCGCUGAUGUUGCAGCGGAGCCGGGCAAAAAUGUGGCUGUUGUACGAGAUUCUGAGAAAACCUCUGACAAUGAUGCAUCUGCCUCAUACCCAUCAGGCGCUACUAGCGGGAACUUGGGCACGUCUGAAAUUACCCAAAUAUCAACCGCAGCGCCUGAAAAUUACAAAAGCUUCAUAGACAACAUAUCGCUGCAGCAAUCUCUUUUUGCUCAAAAUAAUAUCGACGCAACCUCUUUGAUGCUAAUGGGUGCAAAUGUCCUUAAUUGCCAAGGUAGCAUCACCACCGGUGCGGUGUCAAAAGUGCCGGCGAAGACAAAGUAUGCGCGACCUCCACAUCAGCCAAUAAACGCAGAGAUGCAGCUAGGAGGGGAACGGUAUCGUCCUUCCAGUCCAGCAAGAUCUAUUCGUUCCAAUUCGUCGCGAGCAUCAGCAGGUAGUAAGAUUCGUUUGCGCGAGGAAGAGAAAAUUCUCAAGGAAGAAGCGGAUAUUAUAAAUCAGAGAAAGGAGCUCUUAAAUAAACGCAAAGAUCUCCUUCGAUGCAUCAUUACCCCCAUGCAUCAUUACCGACAGCGAUUCCGAUGACAGCGGACAACGCGUCCCAAACCUGCGAUAUAGUCGUUCGCAACAUGUGGACACAUGUAAAAUUAGCGAUGUACAGACGCAGAAUAAUCCGGCAACAACAUCCAUACAGUGGCUUCCUAAUAUAUUUCCGUUAAGCUCUGCCUCAGCUCCAGUGAUCCCAAAUCUAUGUGAAGAGAAUAGUUUCGACUGUACAACGCAAGAAGUACAGCA